AUGGGACGACCCAGAUACUUCCUUGGUAUUGAGUUUGCAUAUGCCAGAGGAAAGAUGACGCUCUCACAGCAGAAGUAUGUGUUGGACUUACUUGAGGAGACCGGUUUAUUGGGUUGUAAACUAGAGAUUACUCGUCCUAAUAUAUCUUACGCAGUUGGACUCCUGAGGCAGUUUAUGCAUGAGCCACGAGAAGUUCAUUGGCAAGGUGUUCUGAGGGUUCUUCCAUAUGUUAAAGGAGUUCUCGGCAAAGGUCUUCUCUACAAGAAUCAUGGUCACCUGGACAUUGCAUCCUAUUCUGACUCAGGUUAUGCUGGCGAUAGAGGUGACAAAAAGUCUACGUCGGGUUUCUGUACGUAUGCUGGUGGAAUCAUAGUUACUUGGCGAAGCAAGAAGCAGAAUGUGGUUUCAAAAUCGAGUGCCGAAACAUAG